AUGCUUUCAAUCCUCGCAGCAGCCUCGCUGGCUGGCUUCGUCUCUGCCCAGCAGGUCGGUACGCAGACAGCCGAAAACCACCCUUCGCUUUCCUGGAGCAAGUGUACAAGCUCUGGAUGCUCUUCAACUAACGGAAAAGUCGUCGUCGACGCGAACUGGCGCUGGCUCCACGACACCAGCAGCACAACCAACUGCUACGAUGGCAAUGAGUGGACCAGCGUGUGUAGCAGCGCAACCGACUGCACCACCAAGUGCGCUCUGGAGGGCGCUGACUAUUCAGGCACCUAUGGUGUGACAACUAGUGGCAACGCCAUGACUCUCAAGUUUGUGACCAAUGGACCAUACUCGAAGAAUAUCGGCUCCAGGAUGUACCUCAUGGCGAGUGAUACGGCCUACCAGACAUUCACCUUGAAGGGCAAUGAGUUUGCAUUUGAUGUUGAUCUUUCCACCGUCGACUGUGGAUUGAACGCUGCUCUCUACUUCGUUGCCAUGGAUGCUGAUGGUGGUAUGGCCAAGUACUCAAGCAACAAGGCGGGCGCGAAGUAUGGAACUGGAUACUGUGACGCUCAAUGCGCUAGAGACCUCAAAUUCGUUGGCGGCAAGGCCAACAUUGAGGGCUGGACCCCAUCUACCAACGAUGCUAACGCUGGUGUGGGACCAUAUGGCGCUUGCUGCGCUGAGAUCGAUGUCUGGGAGUCCAACUCUCACUCCUUCGCACUCACCCCUCACCCAUGCCAGAACAACGCCUACCACGUUUGUGAGAAGUCUGGCUGCGGUGGAACAUACUCCGAAGACCGCUUCGCCGGUGAUUGCGACGCCAACGGAUGCGAUUACAACCCAUACCGCGUCGGAAACAAGAACUUCUAUGGCAAGGGCAAGACUGUCGACACAAGCAAGAAAUUCACCGUUGUGACCCAGUUUAACAACAAUAACUUGACCCAAUUCUUCGUCCAAAACGGAAAGAAGAUCUACAUUCCAGCUCCGACUUACGAUGGGUUCCCAGACAGCAGCUCCAUCACCACCGAUUACUGCAAGGCUGAGUUCAACGUCUUUGGUGACCGUAACCGCUUUGACGAGGUUGGAGGCUGGUCUAAACUUAACGCGGCGCUCUCCAUUCCCAUGGUGCUGGUAAUGUCUAUCUGGGAUGACCACUAUGCGAAUAUGCUCUGGCUGGACUCGUCGUACCCGGUUGCAGAUGCUGGCAAGGCAGGCGCCGAUCGAGGUGACUGUGCCACUAGCUCAGGCGUUCCGUCUGACGUCGAAUCUAAGAUUCCCAAUGCCCAGGUCAUCUGGUCCAACAUUCGCUUUGGCCCCAUUGGAACUACCGUCAAAUAG